UUAUAUGUUUAAUGAUAAGAGUAAAAACAGUCAGCUCAAAAGUUCUUAAUUCCCCGGAAAGAUCUGACAUACAAUAUGCACAACUAAACCCGUUGAUACGAAUGUGUUACAAUGAUGAGAAAAAGAUUGACACCGAUUUUGAAGCCAAAAAGAUGACCACAGUUGAGAAAAGGAGGAUCAAAGAGGGUCUUCCAAAUUGGUCAACAAUCAUGGGAAAAAUGCUACCGUUAAGGAUGUUUCUAAUAUCUGCCCUGGUCAGUCUUGGGGGUUCGUUCCAUUUCGGUUUUCAGCUCUGCGUAACCAAUCCGGCUCAACAAGCACUUAUGACUUUUGUGAAUGAUUCACAUGCCUUACACUACGGUUGGAGUCAUGAAGAGAAUGCAGCAAAAAGUGUAUGGUCUGUGAUAAUUGCAACUUUUUCUAUUGGUGCCAUUUUUGGUUCAUUACUGAUUCAAAGCGUAAGCGCUCGAUAUGGAAGAAAACGAGGACUUUAUUUUUCGUUUGGUCUUACUGCAUUCUCCUGUAUUCUAUCAAUUAUUUCAUUUCAUGUAAGUUAUUCUAAUUUUUGCUGCUUAAGCACUACUGAAUCUUACUUGCUAAUUUUGGGCGAUGAAGAUGGAGCAAGAAAAGCAAUUAUGUUUUUCCAUCAGUGUGGAUCAGAUAUGGUCGAAGAUUUAUUGGAUGAAGUAAAAGAAAACUUGAAAAUAAGCGUAGACAAAAUGACAGUCAUUGAUGUGGUCAAAGAUGAAUACGCUUGUAAAGGAACUAUUGUUGGAAUUGUAAUUUCCAGUGCCUGUUGCUUCAGUGGAAAUUCACUGAUGAAUGCAUUUGCUGUUGCAAUACUUGCUGCAACUGGUUUAACACCUCAAGAAGCUGCCAUUGGAAAUGUUGGAUUGACACUUGUUUUGGUGGUAUCGACUGUAAUUUCUAUUUUUCUUAUCGACCGACUUGGUAGACGACCACUAAUACUGUUGUCCAACGGAUCUAUCAUCGUCUUCAACAUUAUGAUAUUUUUGUUCAUGUUUUUCUUCGAAAAAUAUGGGCUAAUUUGGCUUGGCUAUUGUUUAAUUGUAACAGUUGCAUUGUCACAAUUCUUCUUCGCCAUAGGUAUAGCACCAUUAUGCUUUUAUAUCAGUGCCGAAAUGGUUUGUAUAGCAGCUCGAGGUAUAGCUCAAGCGGCAGCAACAUUAUCACAAAUGGCCAGCCGCACAAUUGUUUUGGCUAUAUUCUUACCAAUGGCAACUGCACUUGGUCAAUCGGUGGCGUAUUUAAUUCUUUCCGUUUUUCCAAUGAUAGGAUCAUUUAUCUAUCUAUAUUACAAUUUACCAGAAACAAAAAAUAAAAGUUAUUUUGGCAAUGAAUGAAC